GAAGGUCACGGCGCGAGCAGGCGCGCGCGGCCGCCCGGAGUCCCGCUUGCGGCCCGGCGCUCUGCGCCCCCAGCCUGGAGCCCCCAGUCCCGAGUCAUGGAGGGAGUGAGCGCGCUCCUGGCCAGCUACCCCACCGCCAGCUUGGCGGGCGGCCUGGGGAUCACGGCGUGCGCCGCGGCCGGCGUGCUGCUCUACCGGAUCGCACGGAGGGUAAAGCCAACACACACAGUGGUCAACUGCUGGUUCUGCAACCAGGACACGCUGGUGCCCUAUGGGAACCGCAACUGCUGGGACUGUCCCCACUGUGAGCAGUACAACGGCUUCCAAGAGAAUGGAGACUACAACAAGCCAAUCCCAGCACAGUACAUGGAACACCUGAACCAUGUGGUGAGCAGUAUACCCACGCCCCGUGACCCCACGCAGCCACAGCAGUGGGUCAGCAGCCAGGUCCUGCUGUGCCGCAGGUGCAGCCACCACCAGACCACCAAGAUCAAGCAGCUGGCUGCUUUCACACCACGAGAGGAGGGUCGAUACGAUGAGGAGAUCGAGGUGUACCGCCACCACCUGGAGCAGAUGUACAAGCUGUGCCGCCCAUGCCAGGCCGCCGUAGAGUACUACAUCAAACACCAGAACCGCCAGCUGCGUGCCCUGCUGCUCAGCCAUCAGUUCAGGCGCCGGGAGGCUGACCAGGCUCACGGGCAGAGUUUCUGCUCCUCAGCAGUGAAGGCCCCAGUCCAGGUCAUCCUGCUCCGUGCCCUGGCCUUCCUGGCCUGUGCCUUCCUGCUGUCCACUGCCCUGUAUGGCCCCAGCGAACCCUUCACCCCAGGGGCUGCCCUGCCCCCGGCCCUGCCUCCGGGCAGCAAUGGCUCGGCUGCCUCAGACAACGGCACUGCUCCUGGGGCUGAGGGCUGGCAGCAGCUGCUCAGCCUGCUGCCUGAACACACAACAGAGAAGCUACACGAGGCCUGGGCCUUUGGGCAGAGCCACCAGACAAGCAUUGUAGCAAUGGGACUUCUCACCUGCCUGCUGGCCAUGCUGCUGGCUGGCCGCCUCAGGCUCCGAAGGAUCGAUGCCUUCUCCACGUGUCUCUGGGCCCUGCUGCUGGGGCUGCACCUAGCAGAGCAGUACCUACAGGCCGCCUCGCCCAGCUGGCUGGACACGCUCAAGUUCAGCACCACGUCCCUGUGCUGCCUGGUGGGCUUCACUGCAGCUGUGGCCACAAGGAAAGCAACCAGCCCACGGAGGUUCCGUCCCCGAAGGUACUUCACGGCAGACUCCACCAGCCUUUUCCCCUCCAGCCCCAGCUUGGCCAUGCCUUGCUCGAGCGUCACGGCCGCCCCACCACCCCUGUUCAUCCCCACCCCACCUGGCUUCCUGCCUCUCACUAAGCAGCAGCUGUUCAGGUCUCCCCGUCGAAUAUCGCCCUCCUCGCUACCAGGCCGUCUCAACCGCGCCCUCUCGCUGGGAACCAUACCUUCUCUGACCCGGACAGACUCUGGACACCUAUUCAGUGGGAGCCGCCCACCUUCUCGGGGAUCUCCACCUGGGGAAGUUUCUCUUUCAGAUUACUUCUCUUUGCUGUCCGGCAGCCUCUCCUCUCCUCUUCCUUCCCCGGCACCCUCCGUGGCCAGCUCGAUAGCCUCCAGCUCGGGCUCCCUGCGCCACCGCAGGCCCCUCAUCAGCCCUGCCCGGCUCAACCUGAAAGGGCAGAAGCUCCUGCUGUUCUCACCUCCUGGGGAGUCACCCAGCACCCCCAGCAGCUCGGAAGAACACACAUCACCCAAUGGCAGCCUCUUCAUUGAGCCUCCCAAGCUCCCUCACAGGACUCCCUUUCGGGACACAAAGCCCACUGUGGACAUGAGGGCAAUGCUGGGAAGAGAUAACGCCUGCAGCAGCCGCUCCAUCAAAAAAGAGGAUGACUCAUCCCGGUCCUCCACCUGUGUAGUGGACACCACCACCAGAGGGUGCCCAGAGGAGGCUUCUCACUGGAAAGGGCGUGUUGGCCCCUCCCUGGUCCGGGGCCUCCUGGCUGUGAGCUUGGCUGCUAACGCACUCUUCACCUCUGCCUACCUGUACCAGAGCCUCCGCUGACCGCCUUGAGCACCCUCUGGAGGACCUCUGCCUGCUCAGGUCCUCCCCGAGGGGCUCUGCCUCUGCCUUGACAUCAGGGCGCUUGACCUCCUAGGUUGAGACCCUGACCUCAGGAUACCGGUUCUCCUCACCUGACAGACUACAGCAUCAGGCAGGUCUGAGGUCACACUCUUUGCCCACCACCUCAGCUGAUACCAGGUUGUGUUUGGUGCUGACACUCUGGCCCCCAAGCCAGGUAUCUCUGAUAGGCUGCCUGGCCCCCAGGGACACCAGUACUACUAUAACGCAGAGGGGCUGCCUAGGCCGCCUCUGCCUACUCCAGCCCAUCGAGUCACAUCUUCCUACUGUACUCCCGGACUCCAGGGGUCUGCCUUGGAGCCCUGCCAUGACUGAAGAAUGCCCCUGGAUGGUGGUGGACAGGAGCCUGGUCACCUCAUCCUCAUCCCUGUCUACUCUAGAGAGCAAGCCUCCCUGGCUGGGCAUUAUCAGUCCAUCUUGCCCCUGACUUGGCUCCAGGCAGGGCUGAGCACAUAGGGGACCUAGGGCUCUCAGCCAGGCCCUUCAGGACCCAUGUUAAGCACCUGACCUCCUGUUUCCCCUGACUGCUGCCAUACGUACCAGUUUUAUGACUUCUUCUGACCUUCCUAGCAAGCAACCCCAUUACCCUGACAACACUAGAGCCCCCCCCAUUACCCCAUUUAUCCAAGUCCCUCUUUCACAUCACUAGUCCCUCAGUUCUGGAUGAACGGCACAAUUCAGAAGAGACUAGACCCCUCCCUAUCCCAGGCCCCAUUCUCCUUCGGUCCUGAGGCCCUACUGCCCACCCCUUCACCCUGCCGGCACCUGGGUUCUACGUGACCUCUGGCUCCAGGCACCCCAGCUGACCUCCACCACUGCCCUCCCAGGGAAACUGCAGACUUGCUGGGGCACAUCCUGCCCCAUGUGGAGGAAAAAGGGUCCUUGGCCUGACAUUGGCCCUUGUGUGCUGGGGCCAAGUACCUGUAGGACUCAGCCCCAGGCCUUGCCUUCUGGCACAUGUGUGUAUGUGUAUAUGUGUGUGUGUUGUACCACUUGGGACUUGUGGGGAGGGGCAUGGGGCAGGAGAAAGGGUCUUCACUGUCAUUCAGGGAUAAAGUUUAAUUUUAUUUUUCUACACAUUUUUGCCAGGUGAGGUAUGUGCUAUAAAGCAGAUGCCUCCAGCCCUCUCUGCUAGGGAGGCUGUUUUCUUAAGCUCUGGGUGCUUUUUAGUACUUUUUUUUAAGAUGGGGAAGGAGACCCAACCCCACCUCUAUUCCUGGAUCUGGGCAGCUGGAGUCAGGGCAGUGUCAGGAGUCCAGCUGCCACUGAGGGCCCAGCGUGGAGGAGGUGGAGGUCUCCAUUUGUACAGUGGGUAUGUUGUUUUUAAAUUUUAUUUCUUGCUUAAUAAAAACCAAACUGUU